CAGACAAGAGCCUCAGUCAGGGAGCUGGACGUGGUCACUUCACUCCAACCUUCAGGUACAGUCAGUGGCAGCGGUACUUCUCUUUUCUGCCUCCAAUAUGCUGAGUGUGGCCAGGACAGCUGCCAGGAGCCUGCACCUGCGUCUGUUCUCCACCGGCGCCUCCAUGCAGGGACCUGCCGUGGCCGUGGUGCUGUCUGGGUCUGGGGUGUAUGAUGGUGCGGAAGUCCAUGAGGCCUCGGCAGCUCUGGUGGGGCUGACACGAGGCGGGGCCGAGGUGACGUGCUAUGCUCCAGAUGUCCCUCAGAUGCAUGUUAUUGACCACACCAAGGGAGCCCCAGCAGAGGGUGAGAGCCGCAACGUGCUGGUGGAGUCUGCACGCAUUGCCCGAGGUGAAGUGAAGCCCCUGACUGAGCUGACCAGUGGUGGUGCUGAUGCAGUGUUCUUCCCUGGAGGGUUUGGAGCGGCCAAGAACCUGUCUGACUUUGCUGUGAAGGGAGGAGACAUGACUGUGAACAGUGAAGUUGAGCGAGUUAUCAAGGACUUCCAUGCUGCCAAGAAGCCCAUUGGCCUGUGCUGCAUUGCACCUGUGCUGGCAGCACGAGUCCUGGGAGGCAGUGGUGUAACCCUCACUCUUGGACAGACUGAUGAUGGUUCAGGCAAGUGGCCUUAUGCUGGAGCCAUUGAGGCUGCCAAGGGCAUGGGAGCUACAGUUGUAGAGAAGAGUGUUGAGGAAGUGAUGGUGGAUGAGAACAACAAGGUGGUCACUACGCCAGCCUACAUGUACAAUGGAAAGUUCCAUGAGAUCCAUGACGGUGUGGCCAAGGCUGUCAGUGCCCUGCUAGGCCUCAUCAAGAGUUAGUGUGGGAUGGACAACAGUGUGUGCAGCAGCCACUCCAGCCAGUGUCUUGCAUGUGUUCCAUCAGUGUUGUUAUAAUGCUUGUCACAGUGCUGCAGCUUAGCAAAAUAAUGUAACCACCACAUCUCUAUGUAUAAGGCUUCAAAGUCAGUCACUCUAGUGCAGUGUGAAUAUUAUAGCAGUGUGAAGAGAUGGCACUUCACUUGCAGUUCAACUUAAUUUGAAAGACAAAUAUUCAUAUUUUUUAAUAAAACCUGUUCUUUGCUCUUUAUAAUAAUAAUGGCCAAUUGUAGCACAGUAUUCAUACAAAGGUGAUAAAAAGAUAGUUGGUAAUGAAUUUUUGUGCAUUUUGAAUGGUAGUUAUAAUUUGAAAAUGAGAGGGAAGUACAGGGAUUCAUUCACUAUAAAGAGAGCAAGCAUGUGGUGGCUUGUAGCUAAACCAAGAGCGACAUUCAGUAUCCAAUAGAAUAGAGAUCUGAAAAAAAAAAUGUCUAUCUAUCUUGAGAACUAUUAUCAAUAGUGAUUAUAGAGAUAAUGGAUUUGUUUGAAAGUAUGAUUUGGUAGGCAGGAGAAAAUUGGAGGUAGGAUUGUGAAGUCCUGGAUGUCACGUUGUAGGUGGUAGGAAGUGGCAUUAAAAUGUGAUAUGUAUGUAUUUUAAAAAUUAACAAUUUAAAGAAAUAAGGUUGUCAUUGCUCAUGUCAUUAAAUUCUAAGGAAACCCAGGACUGCUUUGCAGUGCACAGGUUAAAGACAACCAUUGAAUUUCAUAAAUAAAUCAGAGGGUUAUGUA